AUGUGUGAAGCAGCGACCUCGGAAUCUGCUGUUACCGCAGUAGUGCCAAGCGAUACUGGUUCGAAUUCCUUCCGGUCCGGAGAAGGUCAUUCUGAACAAGAAUAUGUUUUGUCCGAACUGGAAACAUCGGAUAGCGGUAGCAUUGGAAUUGUUCUAAGGGUCAUCUACGAUGGUGGUGACGUUGCAAAGUUCGUUCGCUCCUUAGAAAGGAAGAUCGCCAACUACGACAAGGAAAUCGAAAAACUAUGCAGUUUUCACUACCAUAGUUUUGUCGAGUCGGUGCAGGAGCUGCUGGAACUGAAGGCGCAGUGCACGGAAUUGAAGACGGACAUCUCGACGAUCGACAAAUUCCUCAAGGAAAACAGCAAGGUCAUGUUGCAGAGGGCCGAACAGAUCCUUAGCGAACGUAAGCUUCAGCGUAAUAUCGGGUCUGCCGUUGACGCCGUUUCCUUGUGUCUACCGGCGCUUGAAAAAUACAGCAAAUUGGUCGAACAGAUGGAAAGCAAAAAGUAAUU